CCAGUGAUCAUAGAUGGGAUGGACCAGAAGUCUACAUCAAUACCACACUUUGUGCAGGAGGCAAAGUCAACAAAUGGGGCCUGGAAAUUGCCAACGCAUGUCACCGGGGGUAUAGUCCAUGGUCGUGGCCAACAUGCGUUCAUCGAUUUGAACGAAUUUCCCCAUGAUCCCAACCUCACUAUAGUCCUCCUGAGGAUACUCCAAAAAUAUGCCUCCAACUUGCCCAAAGUCCUGUACCUCCAGCUAGAUAAUUGUGGCCGAGAAAACAAAAACAAAUACGUUUUUGCCUUCCUGAGCCUUCUUGUAGAGCUCGAAGUCUUCAAAAAGGUGAAGGUGAGUUUCCUAAUGGUGGGUCAUACCCAUGAGGAUAUUGAUCAAUUUUUUCACGUGUAUCAACAAGGCUUAAGAAAACCAACGUCCCAACUCUGGAUGCACUGCUCGACACAAUCCCCAAAUCCUUCAACAAGGGAGUGACAACAGCAGAGAGGUUGCAGCCAAUAUACAGCAGCAAGGAGUGGCUUGGUCCAUGCCUUGAGGACAUCAGCCAGCAUAGCAGACCUCAUGUCUUCCGGAUCACAAAGGGUCUAGAUGGUCGUGCACUCAUAUCAACAAAGAUGUGGUCAUCCUCCCCUGAAUGGAUUUCUCCAUGCGGUUCCCCUCAUCUCCUGACUCACCACCCAGAUGGAAUACCAACCAUCAUCACGCCAAACUUCCAGAAGGUGGAUCUUCCUCGUCUUGGCAAACAAAUUAUGAAGAUGAAGCCAUUCUUGACAGCUGAGGCAAUGGAAACUUGGAGGUCAACACUCGACCAGCUUCAUUUAGAAGACAGAGGUGAAGCAGAAUUCUACUGUCACUGGCCAUUGAUGGAUCUUCUGCUCACCGAAGAACAUGAGAAUGAGCUCUGCCUACAACUCUCUGGGUCUUCAAGCACAUAUCAAUCAGAGGUAGAAGAGGAAGUUCCAUGUCAAGUCUACAUCGGCCAAAAAAAGAAAAAAACAAAAUCCGUUCUGACAUCAGAGGGAAACAUGAGGGCGUUCUAUCUGGACAAAUACCACCACGAAUGGCCCCAGAUUGGCAGAGUAGUAGACACCAUACCAGGAGAGCUACAUGUACAUUGGUACACUGGUACUGCCACAUCACAGUGGGACCCACUCACAAUUUCAACAUCAGGAGAGCAACAAGCGUGGUUAUAG